AUGAUCGGUUCUCCUCCCGAGAACUUUACAUAAAAGAAGAAAAUAACUCCAUAAGCAAGUGUCAUAAGCCAAGGAUCAUCUUUCAAUUUACUUAUGCCUGAUGUGUUAGGAAACGGUGUUUUUCUCCAGAAUUCUAAUGGAUAGCUUGUUAGUAUUGCAAAUAUAAAAUAGCCUCCAAUCAAAACUGGGAUAAACAGAUUCAUAUUAAGCUUCGAUAAAUCAAAGUUCUCAAAUUUAAUUUGCCUGAUAAAUAUCUAACUUGAUGAGAUAGAUUAACUAUAACAAACUUUGCUAUCACACUAUUCUUAGCAUCCAACAUAUUUCUCGGUGUAGUUCAAUAGUUCAGAAAAUCCGAUGAUCAACAGGAUCUAUUAAGGUCAUGAAAUUAAGAUUUAGUUUAUUACUGGAAUAAUUGCAAUCAAUGUAUCUGAUGGAUAGCAAGAGCCUAAAUGUGACUAUAAUAGUUUGUACCCAAUUAACUCUCCUAUAUUGAAUUCAUAGGCAAAUCCGCUCCUCAUCAUUGCAUAAGCCAUAGUUGUAGCAGUCAUCACUACUCUGGAUGGAGUGCUACUAGACCUCUAAGCAGUUAAAGAAAAAGCUCUAGCAGGCUAGUAUAAAUAAGGUCUUUUUCUGUAGAAAAAUCUCUUGAAAAAUUAUCCAACUAGACAAUUAAACAUCAUAAAGUGA